AAAUAUAAAACCAGUUAUAUUAAUGCUUGUCUCAGUCAUCACCUUUUUUUUCUUCUUCUUUAAGCAGAGCGGGUCUCAGGAAUACUCUCUUCAAAAGUGGAAAGAGCCCCUUCUACAAUGAUGAAUGCCGACAUGGAUGCUGUUGAGGCUGAGAAUCAGGUGGAAUUAGAAGAGAAAACACGGCUUAUUAAUCAAGUUUUGGAACUGCAGCACACACUUGAAGAUCUCUCAGCACGAGUAGAUGCUGUUAAGGAAGAAAACUUGAAACUGAAAUCAGAGAACCAAGUUCUUGGACAGUAUAUAGAAAAUCUGAUGUCAGCAUCUAGUGUUUUCCAAACAACUGACACAAAAAGCAAAAGGAAGUAAGGGUUGACUCACAGAUGAUGUCAUUGUAUUGCUGCUGUCUUUUUUUGUUUUAAUUGGCAUAGGCUACAUGAGCUAAAGUACCUUAGUUUGUGGCUUUACUGGAUACCUGAAGAUUAUAAACUUUGGUGAUAAACAGAAUUAAGAACAUUGUCAUGAACAGAAGACAUAAGUUUAUGUAUUGUUAAGGUUAAGCAAUGUGCAAAUGUAGUGUAGAGACUUACUAAAUCUUCAUAAUUGUUUUAAAAAUGAGCUUAUGUUAAAAAUGGGAUUCAGUUUGUCAGGUUAAACAAAAAUCUAUUGGCACUCUUUGAGGUCUUAGGGUAGUGUUCUUGACUAGCAGAAUAAUAUUUAUAACAUUGUGUUGAAAACCUUACUUAGCAAAAAUAUUCGAAGUCUAAUUGCAGCACCUUUUUCACUUAAAAUACAUUUAGAUUACUGCACAGUACUGUCCAUAGCUCUGCAAAACAACCUCAAACAAAAACCUAUAAACCCGUUAAGAAUUUCUAUAAAAGUAAUAAUAGUAUGAUAUUAGUUGCAGGGCUUGUGUACAGAAGAAACACCGAAGAUCUUUUGGGGAGAGGUAGGGUAAGGGAACAGGGAUAAGCAAUUUACAACAGGGAAGUACCAAACUGAUGCAGUACCAGUGUUUGUAGUUUGUAAGAUGUACACUUCAUACCAUUUCCACCUUCCUGUUUCCUCAAAGAGUGAUCAGGCACAGUACGAUGUAUGAUCUUCCUGAAGUUUUUCAGUUGUGUUUUGAAGAGUUAAAUAAAAACCUGAGUAGUAAGCUUUAUGGAAACAGGUCAGCAAUGUUCCUCGUGCUUGUUGUAACCAGUCAGCAGAGAGGAACUGAGAGCAAGUUUUUCCUUGCCACCUUUUACUUUCCUCCUGAAGUGCCAAACUUGUCUUUGCUUCAGGCCUUAGAGCAUCUGCUUUCCUGCCCCAGAGCCUAAGCUUGUGAAGUACCUCAAGGCACUGCAUGAAAACAUCUGAAGCAGAAGACUGCAGUGGAACAAAGGUGGCUUUUGCCUCUCAAAAUGAGCAGUGCCAAGGUGUGCUGUUUUUUACUGGCUUGACUGUUUGUUAGGUUUUGUGAAGGAGCUCAUCCCAGAUUAGGGGCCUGAGCACUUCCCAUAGAGGCAGCAGGUCUAGAAUAAAUCAGUAUUAAAGGAGAGCAGAAGCUGAAAUACAAACGAUGCAAGUUUUAGCAGUACUCAGUUGCAUCCAUUUCAUUUUGCCAUACAGCAGCAUCGCAGACUUAAUUAUGGAUGUUACCUAGAACUGAGGUCUGUCUCUUCAGUCAUGAAGCCAUUAUACUUUACCUUUUAACAAAACGAAACCAGUAGUUCAAGGAUCUCUUUCAGCCUUGCUGUGAUGAAUUACAUAAAGCUGCAGGAACUGAAUGAAUGGAUGUGAUAGAAUACAUCUCUCUCAAACCCCAAGUUUCUUGGCAGCUAAGCACUGCUGUGUCUCAAGCAUAAGCUGACAUUGUGAGGUUCCCCCUCCCAAAGGAGAGGUUUCCCAUUUCUCCCUAUUUAAGAUGACCAUACAGCACUUACUGGAGUGUCAGCAAAGGAAAAUGAUCGCAAACAAAGCACUUAAAAUUCAGUCUUGAGAGCUGUUCACAAGUUGGAGUCAAGAAACCUAAAGAUGUAAAAAGUUUUACACACCAAAGCACAAAUGGCUGAUACCAUUUGUGUCAUGGGGUCCUGUAAACAUCCAGAAUUAUUUUUAAUCUUCCGUGGACUAGUCUCUCACUUUACUGCCUAGCUGGAACUACAAAUUAAUCCAAGAAUUGCUAGUACGUAGAGUAGAUCACAUGGUUAGUCCAGGGUUUGAGCAUUAAAAAAAGAACAAUCACGCCAAGCACUUAAGACUGCACAGCAUCACAGCCAUCCUAGCUUUAAAGCCAUGUCAGCUGCACAUCUCCAUCUGCACUGUAGGAGAUCAAGUAACACCGCAUGCACUUGUUAGACUUCAGCAAUUGCCCAAGAUCAAGUAGUUUUAAAAAUCAUGGCUUUGUAUUGUAAGAUUGGAUAGUGAUAUUUUAUCCACUGGUAUGUAUAUAGUAGUCAUUUCACCCGUGUACCAUUUUACAUCCCACUAUUGUGGCCUUCAUUUAACUUAUGAACAUUUUAAAGAUGUUGUAUUUCUGACUUUACACUAAUAAAAACUUUUGAUUUGUCUCA